CCAAUAGUAUAGUACGAAGUCACGAACCAAUUAUUACAACUUUUUGCGGUUCAGACUCAGAUUGACAGAAGAACAAUGGCGAUUGAGCUAUGAUACUUCAGUCAGAAUUACCCAGAUUAUUGUAUACAUUACAGAGAGUGGUUAGUAUAAAGGUUUAGGCAAAAUGUAAACUUUCAGAGAGUUCAUCUAUUCUUGGUGAUGUUCCUGAGGGAAGGCGCAAAACUACUUUUGGUACAAUGGAUUAUUCGCGGCAUGUAUGACGCUCGUUGUCACAGUGUACCAUCAUUUGACAAGCGAAUAUGCUCUAUAAAGCCCACUGAAAGUUGGAAAAAGAGACCACAGUUGGAGCGGCUGCUACAGAUUUCACAGAGAGACAACAACUAUAAAGAAGUACGACAAGUAUACCCAUUGCCGAAAGCGAUGGACGGCAGUUUUGUAGCGUCACAAACGGAUAAAGAAUUCCUAUCUUUGUUUCAAUGGCUAGAUGUUUGCAUUGAAUCAUCAGCUCUUUCUAUAGCGAUAGAGGGCGGCUUGAAUUUAAGAGAAAACUAUGCAAUAACAAGCGUUCGUGGCACCAUUAGUACCUUGCAUAUCCACAUUCACAACACACGAUUGUCCGUCAGUAUUCUGUUUAUCAAUUCGUUACUGCUUGAUUCAUUGCUUUUCACUCGUUGUCAGAAUUCAAAUUUAAAACUAUAG